AUGUCGUUCGUGCAGACCCUUCUCACAGCUGUGCAGCCUGAGGUGGUGCAGUGGCGCCGCCACAUCCACGAGUAUCCAUAUGUUGCGUAUGAGGAGCAGCCCACCGCCGACUACGUGGCGGACGUCCUCAGCAGCAUGCCCGCACCGCUGGACAUUCGCCGGCUGACGCCGAACAGCGUCGUGGCGGACCUGCGGGGUGGCGCUGGCGAGGGCCCCAUGUACGCCCUGCGCGCCGACAUGGAUGCACUGCCGCUGCAGGAGGAGAGUGGUGAGCCCUUCAGCUCGAAGCGGCCAGGCGUGAUGCACGCGUGUGGCCACGAUGCCCACACGGCGAUGCUGCUUGGGGCGGUGAAGGUGCUGUGUCAGAUGCGCGACCGCAUCCGUGGCACUGUUCGCUUUGUUUUCCAGCACGCCGAAGAGGUGAUCCCGAGUGGUGCGAAGCAGCUGGUGGGCCUUGGUGUGUUGGAUGGCGUGUCCAUGAUCUUUGGGCUACACGUCGACGUCAUGCGUCCCUCUGGGUCAAUCUGGUGCCGUGUAGGAACGAUCAUGGGUGCGUGCAACGACUUUGACAUUGUGAUCCGCGGUGCUGGCGGCCAUGCCUCGCAGCCGGAGCUGUGUGUCGACCCCAUUCUCAUUGCCUCCGAGGUCGUGGCAAACCUCCAGUCCGUUGUAUCACGCCGCGUGAGCGCGCUGAGGGCUCCUGUACUGAGCAUUACCACCUUCGAGGGCGGGAGAGGAAGCUACAACGUGAUCCCGGACACCGUGCGCAUGCGCGGCACACUGCGGUGCCUCGACCGCGACACUCAGGCUCGGGUGCCCUCUCUGAUGGAGGAGAUCAUCGCCGGCAUCACAAAGGCGCACGGUGCCCAGUACGAGCUGAGCUGGCUGGAGCCCAACAUCGUGACGUACAACGACUCGAAGGCGUACGAGGUAGCCAAGGCGGCGGCGGUCCGUCUUGUCGGUGAGGGCAACUAUCAUGAGCUCUCCACUCCUCUUCUGGGAGUCGCUGAUUUUUCGGAAUAUCAAGCGGUGGUGCCCGGCUGUCUGUGCUGGCUGGGCGUGGGAAACAGCGCUUUGGGAGACGCCAACAACCACAACUACAGCUCAAAGUUCCGUAUGAACGAGGCAGGGAUGGAGCUUGGUGUAAAGCACCAUGUGCUCAUAAUAGCAUCGCUCAUGAUGCAGACAGAAGGCUCGAAGGAGUAA